AUGAAGCAUAAGAUAUUUAGUAGAUUAAAGAGACUGGUCUCGAAUGCAGGCGACUCGAUGUCGGUGAAAUCCAUCAAAGACGACGAUGGUCAUAUCCCGAUUCCCAGGGAAAUAUAUAACUGGAAGAUCGUUUUGGUAGCGAUUACAGCAGCAUCAGCAGCAAUCAUUAUAGGGUACGAUACUGGUUUCAUCGGAGGCACUGUUGAAUUGGAAAGUUUCCAGAAAGAAUUUGGUAUGGAUAAAAUGUCAUCUGAUGAAAGAUCGUUGGUUAGUGCCAACGUUGUAUCUAUCUUCCACGCAGGUGCCUUUUGGGGAGCUUUACUGAUGUACCCAAUAGGUGAAUUAUUUGGUAGAAAGGUCGGGUUGAUUGUAUCUGGAUUCAUCUUGACUUUAGGAUGCGCCAUUGCGAUGAUCUCAAAUAAUGAAAGAGGAUUAGGAGCAGUAUAUGCCGGGAGAGUUUUGAGUGGUUUUGGAAUUGGAGGUUGUUCAGGAUUGGCACCAAUCUAUAUUUCAGAAAUCAGUCCAGCAUCAAUUAGAGGUAAACUAGUUGGAUGCUUCGAAUUGUCAUGGCAAGUCGGAGGUAUCGUCGGAUACUGGAUUAACUUUGGUGUACAAGAAAACCAACCUAUUUCUACCAAACAGUGGCUCAUUCCGUUUGCGAUUCAGUUGGUACCUGCUGGCAUGUUCUGGAUAUUAACAUUUGUAAUUCCUGAGUCUCCAAGAUUUUUGGUUUCAAAAGGAAAGAUCGAAAAAGCAAGAAAAAACUUAGCUUUCUUGAGAGACUUACCUGAAGAACAUGAAUACUCACUACACGAAAUGGACCUUUUCAUUGCUGAUUCAGAGAAAAAAUCUAAAAUUGGUACUGGGUUUUUUGCGCCUAUAAAAGAAGUAUUUACAAGUAAAAAGCUUCUCUAUAGACUAUUAUUAUCGACCUCAUUAUUCCCAAUGCAAAAUGGUACUGGUAUAAAUGCUAUUACAUAUUAUUCUCCUACUGUUUUCAAAUCGUUAGGGAUGGAUGGUUCAAGUGCAGGUUUACUUUCGACUGGUAUUUUUGGUAUUAUAAAGGGGGUUUCUGCAUUAUUUUGGAUGUUUUUCAUCGUCGAUAACUUAGGACGUCGGUUUGCUUUGAUUGUAAUGUCGGUUCCAUUAUCACUUUGUAUGUGGUAUAUCGGUGCCUACGUUUACGUUGCCGACCCAGCCUCUAGGUUAGCGUCUGGUAACACUGAAAUGGAUGCUGGAGGGAAAACUGCCCAAGGAUUAUUGUACAUUUGGAGUGUGGCGUACGCCAUGUCAUGGAAUGGUACUCCGUGGAUUAUAAACUCAGAAAUCUUUUCCCAAGAAGUUAGGACUUUCACAUCCGCCAUUAAUGCAUCCUCAAACUGGUUUUGGUCGUUCAUUAUGAGUAGAUUUACCGGAAAAGCCUUCGAAGCUACAUCAUAUGGGUUAUACUUCUUAUUUGCUUCCUGUAUGGUAUUAUUCCCAUGCGUGGUUUACAUGCUAUACCCGGAAACAAAGGAAGUGCCGUUAGAGGCAAUUGACUAUUUAUUUGAGGUUCCGGCUUGGAGAGCAAGAGAUUACGCUAUGAGCAAAUUCGAAAUCGAAUAUGAGGGCCAAUACACAGCAGACCCUUCGAGCUCAGAACAAUCCUUUCAUGAAGCGCACUUCCCUGAUAAAGGAAAUUCAUAG